GCAAAGGCAAUCUGGAUUCGACUAAAGGGCAUUCAGCUGUCUGUGAAGAUGACGUACUGCGAAGUAAAACCAGAAGUGCACGAAGACGAUACGCUUUCUUGAACGUCGGUGCUCAAAGGGUGAAGAGGAGUGGUGUUGCUCCUCUUCAGCUACGAUGUCGUCGUAUUUCUGCAUGAAUUGGAUUCUCCUGGUCUUGUCUACAGGCUCCACAGUGUCAGAGCAACUUGUGAAAGGAAAGGUUGGUCAGGAUAUCACUGUGCCCUGCUUUUACAGUGUUCAAAACAGACGAGAUAUCACAUCAAUGUGCUGGGGUCGUGACAAGUGCCCUAAUUCAAAAUGUUCUCGGACCAUUAUCUGGACAGAUGGAUGGAAGGUGACAGAGCAGUCCAACAGCAGGUAUACGUUGAAAGGGAACUUGCAGAGAGGUGAUGUGUCCCUCACGAUUAUGAAUGCUGUGGAAGCAGACAGUGGGACAUACUGCUGCCGUGUGGAGAUCUCAGGUUGGUUCAACGACCAGCUACGUAACUACAACGUUGUGGUAGAGAAAGCUAGGAUCUCCACUCCAAGUCCUCACACUUACACCUCUGCACAGACCUCAGCUCCUGGGAGCACCAAUGAAUCAUCCUUCACCAUCACAAGAACGUGGCCACCCGUUUCUGCUUCAGAAGCUCCUGAGACUGCCCCUGGUCCCUGCUCAAACACCUCAGACUGCUGGGAUGUAACCUCAGACAUGCAGAACCCAUCCGUAUCACGCCCCAGUCAGCAGUAUUCAGAAAAUUGGCUAUACAUUGGGAUUGGCUUAUGUGUGGUACUUCUAGUCAUCCUUUUUUUGGCUCUGUUCAUCAUUAGACGAUAUUCACACAAUAAGAAGGCGACGGGUGACUUUCCAAAUUUUGUUGCAUUUUGGAGACCAGAACGUGCAGGGGACCAUAGUGCCCUGGAAGAUGAGACCCAUGCAGAGGAAAAUGUUUAUAUAAUACACUAAGGACUACACGAAUGCUUGCCUAUGUCAUCGCUGGGACAUUAAAUAGUUUGCAAAAUGUUAGCUGCUCUCUUUGCUCAGCAGCUAAACGUGACUGGACUAUUGAAGCAUUAUUCACAUCAUUCUAAUAAAACAAAUAAAAGCUACACUUCUAAUUAAAAACUUUAUCAGCCUGUUCCAGGAACAGAAACUCUACUAGCUCGAAUGGAAUUUUCCAGAAUCCACUUAUGAAACCCUAAAUAAAGUUACCAUUAUAUUUA